AUGUCUGUUGAUUCACCCACGCAGCUGCUUUCCUCUUCGCAACCGACGUACCCGUCGCCGCCUCUUUCUCCUACCUAUCCGCAGCUCUCUCAGAUGGCUACUGCAGCUAUAAGCCGUGGCACCGCCACAAGUGCUGCGAGUACCAGUGCGAGCUCGAGUGCUCCAGAGAUAUACUCUAGACGACCUCUCUCUGCAGAUUCGAUCACGGUAUCACCUUCGCUGGACUCCGUUCUGGUAUUGUCGCCUCGCAGUGCACCGCCCGAUGCGCUUACCAGCAUGGCUAAUACCGGGGACGUCACAUCCAACAGUAACAGCCCUGAUCCUGACCCGCAGAUCAUUGAGGCUCUGCGGAGCAAGGACAGGAUAUAUGUCUUAAAGCUGGGGGAGAUGAUGGAAGGUCUCAUCACUGAACGCAGAUUACGGAUUGACCUCAAUCCAACGACGUCCUACCAGCGCAUGCUAGUCUACAGAUGUUCAACUUACUAUAAGCUGUCCCCCGAGACCGAUGGUUCGUCGAAGAACAUUUUCGUAUACUACCGAGCAGAAAGCAAGAUACCUGCCCGGAGAAUUAGCGAACUUGUUCCACCAGAGGAGUCCGCGCAGCCUGCAUUCAAGAUCAUGCGAAGGGGUGUACAUGGUGGUGCGAGAGGCAGACAUACAUCACAAACGGGUUCCAUUGGAGGAGAAGAUGCCGACCUCUCCGAUGUUGAACCGUCCGAGACAGGAAGCGUCGGUGGUCGCAGCAACGCAACGGCGGGCAGCAAAAAGUUUAUGACUUUGGAGGAACGUGAAGCUGCGUAUAAUGAAGCGCGUUCCCGGAUUUUUAUGGGUUUCGAAGAAAAGGAAAAGGACAUGAGCGCCAACUCUUCGACUUUCAGUCUUAACUCUGGCUCCGCGUCCACUAGUGGUGGUUGCGGUGGUAGCAUCAGCGAUCUGGACGAUUCCGCCAGCUCUGUUCCUACUGAGAGCGAGUGGUCAGGACCAGUCACGCGAGAACAGUGGGAUGGACGGCGUUCAGGGGGUUCAUCUUCGCGGUCACGAACAUCAUACAACAAUGGAUCUGGCAGCUCGCGAAAUUCGCGAGCCACCUCGCCCUCGUUUACUUACGCAAGCUUAUACGAGCCUCCAGUUGAUCUCUCUCAAUACGUUCCACAGCCUCCUCCAGGGUAUAUCGCUCACUACAUUUACCCAUACUCGAAUGGUCCUGGACAGCCGGCAGGCGCACCUUAUCUGGCGCCGUAUUCCUAUUACAUGCCGUAUGGGUAUCCGCAUCCUGCUGCAAUACCUCCUCAUCCGGAUUCCGCUGCUACAGCAGUCACCGACGGCCUGUAUCCUCCACCGCAACAGAUGCCUCCCCAUGGGUCCUAUGUGAAUCCGUACAUGUGGGCUCACUCUUCCCCUGGACAGCCACCACAGCAUCCCCCACAUAUGCAGCAGAGCACAACAAAUAUGCCUUCAGCUGCCCCCGUCUCGUCAGUUUCGCCACACCCAUCUCCCUCUCAUCCACAAAAUUUUCCCACAUAUGCCCCUCAUUAUAACCCAUACCCGAUGCAUGGCUACCCGUCCUCAUCAUCCUUCCAACAGGGUAUGGCUUCCUCUUCCAUGACACCCUCACCACACAUACAGGGUCAACCGCUGUAUAUGCCCGAGUAUGCGAGCCCUUUACCAAUGGGACAUUCAACUGGGAAUGGAAUGGAGAACGCCGGCAACCAUAGUCGUGCGUCUUCCAGGAGCAGCGGCCACGGCAGCAAGAGGGGUGUACCCAGGCGUACUCCGUGGAGCUAUGGUCCUGGCGCAGGUAGCGGCGGGUAUACGUACAAUCUGACUGGCCUCGGUGGAGGGAUAGGAGGGACUGAAGUUGUUGGUCCACGGCUAAGCUCCAGGAGAAUCUCGAGUAGCAGCGGAAGCACAGGGACAAGAACCCCAGGAGACGAGGCGUCGUCCACUGCGUCGUCCUCUACCAAUUCCUCAUCGUCGCGGCAGACGUUCACUUCAACAUCCUCCAAGCACCCCUUGCCCGCCCGGCCAGACUGGGCAGUCGGCCUGAAGCCACAACCCAUUCUGCACCAGCCCCGGCACCACGAUCACAUCACUCCAAACUCACGCACGAUGUCCCCGCGGAUCGGUGGGCAGGCGCACCUCGGCCCCCCGCACCAGGCGCAGCCCGUUCUGCAUUCGAACGACUUCCCCCCACUGUCUUCCGCCCCAGAACGGCGGACACCUGUCAUCGGCGGCGCGUGGACGAACACAUCGUCAAUGCGCUCUAUCCUCUCCCCGGGGCCUCAGGGCACAAUGAAUCCGCAGGGCACUGCGCUUGUGCACUAUCCGAACAUGAACACGAACGUCAACGCGAAUAUGACCGCGAACCAGAGCCCACCUGGUUUGGGAGCGAACGGCCUUGCGCAGGUAGAGGAGCAGGAGUCAGGGUUCGAGCGCCCGCCGCCGCGGGGCAGCGCAGAGCUGUUCAACCCCAAGGGCGGGAACCGGUCUGUGCAUGAGCGUACAAGCAAAGCGGACGCUAGGGAGCUGGUUCGGGUGGGAAGCAAGCCACGGGCAGAGGGCAUACUCGCGGACCGGCUGGACGCGAUGACACUUGAUGGGCUUCCUCAGGCGUUAAACAAGGACGGCGGCGCGCCAGCAGUCGCGGAGGUAGGGACGGUCAACGUUGGCUGCUCAUAG